CACGCGCUUGUGUUCCUCCGACGCGCGUGCGCAGUAGGCCCGAAGAUGGCGACCGAGGCCGGCGGUUUGCAGGAAGAGGCGCUGCGGCGAAGGGAGCGACUGAAGGCGUUGAGGGAACGUACUGGGGCGGGCAGGAAGAACGAGAGUGAGGCGCCGCAGGUGAAGCUGCUGAAAGUCAACAGCCGGGAGGAGGAGGAGGAGGAGGAAGACGCCCCCAAACACAAGGACCUGAAGUUGCGGAAUUACAUCCCGGAAGACGUAGAGCUGAAGGAAAGGGUGGUGCCCAAUGCCAAGCCAGCUUCAGUGGAAGACAAAGUGAAGGAGCAACUGGAGGCAGCUAAGCCAGAGCUGAUCAUCGAAGAAGUGGACCUGGCCAAUCUCGCCCCCCGGAAGCCGGACUGGGACCUGAAGCGGGAUGUGGCCAAAAAACUGGAAAAAUUGGAAAAACGGACCCAGAGGGCCAUUGCCGAGCUGAUACGAGAACGUCUGAAAGGCCAGGAGGAAGAGCUGGCCUCGGCCGUCGAUUUGGCCAAGCAGGAGGACAGUGACUCGGAUUGAGGCGCCUUCCAGAAACGAGAUUCCUUGGGGGUCCCUCAAAAGGAGGGUCUCCCCCUUCUUCACGAGAACCCCAGAUCUGAGUUCCCCGAACCAACAGGGAGCCCCAAAACCACGUUUUGCUGGCAAAGGAAACCUCGAGGCUUUCUUCAGACACGCCUCUCCUCCUGCCUUCCUUUCACGGGGAGAAGAUGGACUCCAUGUUCCUGCGUCUCUCGGCUUGGCUGCUGCCUCUCCUUCCUCUUGGGGCCAGGAGUGGCUUUCCCAAUGCCAGAGGUGGACCUCAAAACCCAGGGAAACUUCCGCCUCGCAAGCAAGGUGGGAGGAUGUGAUCCGGGCCGUGUGCAUUGCUCUUCCGUGUGACUUGCUAGGCAGAUGGGCGAUCCUUGUCUUUCAUUUUUUUUCUUUUUAACUUUUUUAUGAUUUCCAAAGUUCAAAUUAUAGAAUAAUUUGAGGGGGG